AUGGCAAUGGCCAGCGAGCUGUUGAAAAAUGCAACGGAGGCAAGGAAGACUUGGGUGAAGCGCCAGACAGAGAGAUUCGCUCAGGCAUGCCAGAGGCGGCUUAGAGACAGCCAUGGCUUCGAGACCACUGCCACAUUGAAGAUUUUCGCUCCGACCAACACGAAGCGGGGUGCCUUGAAAGCCGCAGAGGAACUGAAGCACAGCCUCGAUGAGCAAGGUUUCGUUGCUCCCCAGGUGCAGGUGGAAGCUCUGUUAAAGGGCAUGGUGUUCCGUCUCUCAAUGCAGGCUUCCUUGGUGAAGGACGCGACCGACGAUGGAACGGGUGGGCUUCGCGGGCAUUGCCCCAUCUGUUUGGGUUCCAAAGUGCUGGUGGCACUUGCCCCUUGUGGUCACACCGUCUGCCAAGAUUGCAAGCCCACUGUCUGUUCGACGCAUCGACCUACUCGUCGGAAGCAGUGUCCGAUGUGCCGCGCCUUUGUGGAAGCGACGACAGCUGGCAUUUUCGUUUCCUGA